AUGGGUCAACCAAAGUACCGCCAAAUGAUUGCACAGUUCCAACCGAAAGCCGGAGCCACACCGCAACGAGAACCAAAAGAUGAUCCCCUCGUAUAUAAAUAUGGCUCUCAAGGUCGUCAAGAGGUCAAUCUCACUAAAGGGUUGCUCACCUACGUACUGGAUAUCGAGUUCAGCACCGCAGACAAGGCUGUGGGGAAGCUAUGGAAAGUUCUUGACAAGAUGCAUGUUUUUGACGAAUGGGAGGCACAUGCGGUUUUCGCCGUCAGAAGAAAGGACCACGGUAAAUGUGACUACUUUCUCAUUCCUGGGUCACCAGCAAAAAGAACCUCGUAG